UAUAUUUUCUGUCACUCGCCUAAAUAUUGUAUGUUUAUUGCAAACACAUGUAGCCUAUUGCCAAUACCGCUGGCGGGAUGGUAGUAACAAUUUACCAUCGGGAUACCCUGUAGUGAUUCCGUUUAUGUAGACUAGCCUUCAUACAUUAAACAUCAGUUGAGAUGAAGAAGCUCAACCGUCAUCUUUUGUUCUGCUUCAUGACAUUUUAUUUGUCGGAAUGGAUAACACUGGUUUGGUCAUUACGCGCGGUCGGUGGAGUGGCCAGCUGGCUGUGACAAAUACAAACUACUACACUUUUAUGUCAUCACUGUUGUGUCUACCGGUAGUUUUGUAACAUUGUUCUAAGCGUGUUAAGCACGAAAAGCCAGCCGAAGGCGUGAGUAAAUGCUAUUAUGCAAGGUAAUUUGACUACACUACCGGUAUAUACAUUUUUUUCAUAUCACAUAUUGUCUCAACAUUUUGGUCAUCUUACGUGUCAUAUUUGAAAGUGCAUGAUCAGUUGGCUGUUCUUUCGUAAUAAUGGGAUGGUAGCGGUAGUAAAGAAUGCUGUGGAAAAGGAUAGGAUAAUUAUCUUCCUACAGGGUGUGUGCAUAUUUACAGGGACAAGAUAUAAGGCACUUUUCUGUGCUAUAACUGUGUUAUUAUAAGUGCUUGAUUUGGGAUGAAAGAAGUGCUGCUGUCUUUUUCUAUGUCGGUCCAUUAGACAAUGUUUACUGAAGUUCACAAAUUAAAUGAUGAUAGAGACCUCUGAUCAUUCACUGUUAACGAUUCAUACACAUUUUCCAUUACUUUUAACCACAUUUUCAUGACUAUCAUUAUAGCCUACACGAAAACGUAAGCAUUAUUGACACUGGAAGGCUGCUGUGUCUAAUCCCAUGUAGUUUUGUCUUUUAAUCCAGCUCUGAAACACCCACGUCUGUUUAUCAAGGUCCUCCGCAAGCUUGUGAGGUCCUGUUGAGCGGUUGAUGUUUGGGCUGCACACACAUGAGCGAUCCUGGAGGAUGGUUGACACCCUUGAUAUAAAAUAUUUCAACAUUAGAACCAAAUACUUUUGUCUUUAUAAAACAAUUCCCUCAUUCAAUGAAUCAGGGAUCAAAUGGUUAAAGUAGGCUACUUCAAAGCAAGUUAUCUAACUAGACAUGUUUAUAUAUAAGGUUCAAAUAUUCAUGUUUCAGGGGAGAUCUAUGCAUAGCAUUUGUCAAUUAGUUUAUUCUUAGAAUAUUUUGUACGUUUUCGUAAUUACAUGGCUACUGUUUAAUAGAGGUGAAUCAUAGCUUUCCAAUGGUGCAGAUGUAUUUAGUGCCAGUGGAAAUGCUUAGUUAGCUAUGGUUAACUAGCGUGAUAAGUGCUACAAGUUAUGUUUUGAAUUGGCUAUCUAGUUGUCUGUCAUUAUUUUAUACCUGCUGCUGAAAUAUCGCGCUCUCUCUCCUCGGGCAACGGCCCACUCACACUGGCGCGCACGCACACAAUCACUAAAGGGUCAUUUCGAUAAUGGCUGAUAUGUAGAUGUUUAAAUGAUUGAUAAUAUUAAAAUUAUAUGCCUUCAUGAAUUUCAUUAACAAAAAUAUUUUAAACACAUUUCCAUGAUCUUUUCAGGACCUUACAAACCUCUCAUUUGAAAGUUUGGAACAGCGGAUCAUGCACAUUCAGGUUGGCAAACAGAUUCACAGAUUAGCGGCAAAUAACCUUGAACAAAGCAUAAUCAGGAAAUGAAUGCUCACUCUCCAUUGCUAUUUAAUGCAGAUCCCGCCUUCAUUCUGCUUUGAUCAACCUUUUUUGCCUCAAUCUGUAAAUCUGGGCCGGCGAUAGUCUACUUUGUUUUAUAGAGGAGCUGGUAACUGUGAAGUGCUGUGAAAAACAGUGAAGUGCUGGUAUGGCGCUCCGGACAGCUCCGGCCCAAGUAAAGCACUGACUAUUAUGGUAGCCUACUGUUAAUACACUAAUACAAUAAUUAGGAAUACACUAAUGAAUGUAUUCCAUAUCCACAUACCAUAUUCUAAUUGUCAUUAAAGGACAAUAAUGGAUAAUGUUUUGUAAAGAGGCUCUUAAAAUAUUGUGCAAAGAUGUAUAACUAAUUUUAGUCAGAUCGAGUGCAGCUAUUGACAUUUGGAAUCAGGUAUUAUUCAGGCUACAAUGUGCUUAAUUGUUUCUGUCUAUUUUUGCCUCAGAUCCCUUGACAUCUACACCUAUUGCAGGGAUCCACUCUCUGACCUAAAUCAUUGUUUAUAACCUGUGUAUCUGGUGAGAAGGGGACUCCUAUGGUCAGACAACCCAAAGCCAGGCCUCAUGCUCAGGUGAUGAAGAUCCUAUGAUUCAAGAGGGUGAUGGAGACAGUCAGCCUCAGCCAUGGCAGCCAUCUUUUUACACACACAGACUGGUACACUCUGAGCCCAAGAACAGGACCAGUCUCUCCCCUGAUCGCCACUUACCUGUAUCCCAACCCUUUGCCCUCCGUCACCGACCUACUGCUUUGUGAAUGAGGCUGAUGAUUCAGCCUGUCCUUGUCCGCAGCCUGGGUUCUUCCCUAACCCUAACCCUGUCCGUGCAGCAGCCUGCGGGGACCAUGGAGCUGCUGUGGGUGCUGUGUGUGUCCAUGCUGAUGGCUCCAGCGGUAGUGGUGGAGGCCAUCCCCAUGGAGUCUGCAGGUGGGAGCCACAGCAUGUUCACCUGUGAACCUAUCACCCUGCGUCUAUGUCAGGGGCUGCACUAUAACUCCACCUUCAUGCCCAACCACCUCAACCACUACGACCAGCAGACCGCCGCGCUCGCCAUGGAGCCCUUCCACCCCAUUGUGAACCUGCAGUGUUCCUCAGAGCUGAGGAUGUUCCUGUGUGCCCUGUAUGCUCCGGUGUGUACUGAGUACGGACGCAUGACACUGCCCUGCCGACGGCCGUGCCGGAGAGCCAAGGGGGACUGCUACAAACUCAUGGACAUGUUUGGAGUCACCUGGCCAGAAGAGAUGGACUGUAACAGGUUCCCAGACUGUGACGAGCCAUACCCCCGUCCUGUAGACCUGCUCUCCAGCGCAGACUCCACUGAGUCGCCCAUCUCCGUCCAGCACGACUAUGGCUUCUGGUGUCCCCGUGAGCUCAAGAUCAACCCCGACCUGGACUACUCUUUCCUGGGUGUGACGGACUGCUCGCCCCCUUGCCCCAACAUGUAUUUCCAGCGGGACGAGCUGGUGUUUGCCCGCUACUUCAUCGGCGUGGUGUCCGUUGUCUGUCUCUCGGCAACCCUCUUCACCUUCCUCACCUUCCUCAUCGACGUGUCCAGGUUCCGCUACCCGGAGCGGCCAAUCAUCUUCUACGCCAUGUGCUACAUGAUGGUGUCGCUGGUGUUCUUGCUGGGCUUCCUGCUGGAGGACCGGGUGGCAUGCAACACAGCGAGCCCCGGCCUUUUCCGGGUGCCCACCGUCACCCAGGGCUCACACAACAAGGCGUGCACGUUGUUCUUUAUGAUGCUCUACUUCUUCACUAUGGCAGGCAGUGUGUGGUGGGUCAUCCUCACCCUCACCUGGUUCCUGGCUGCCGUGCCUAAGUGGGGCAGUGAGGCCAUAGAGAAGAAGGCCCUGAUCUUCCAUGCCUGUGCCUGGGGCCUACCCGGUUGUCUCACCGUCACUUUAAUAGCUAUGAACAAGAUAGAAGGGGAUAGUGUCAGCGGGGUGUGUUUCGUGGGGCUGUAUGACCGCACAGCGCUGAGAUGGUUUCUGCUGGCUCCGCUGGGUCUGGAUGUUUUGGUGGGCGUGGCAUUACUGUUAGCGGGAAUCCUUGCUUUGAACCGCGUGCGUAUGGAGAUCCCUCUGGAGAAGGAGAACCAGGACAAGCUGGUGAAGUUUAUGAUCCGUAUCGGGGUGUUCUCUGUGCUCUACCUGGUCCCUCUGCUGACGGUCAUAACCUGCUACCUUUAUGAGAACAGCUAUAGGACUGCCUGGGAGACUACCUGGGUACAGGAGCACUGCAGAGAGUACCACAUCCCCUGUCCAUACCAGAUUGAGCAGACCAACAGACCAAACCUGUCUCUGUUCCUCAUUAAGUACUUGAUGAUGUUGGUAGUCGGGAUCCCUUCAGUGUUCUGGGUGGGCAGCAAGAAGACCUGCUUCGAAUGGGCCAGCUUCUUCCACGGACAGAGACACAAAGAUAGUGUGGUGAACGAGAGUAGACAGGUGCUCCAGGAGCCAGAUUUUGCCCAGAUGCUCCUGCACGAUCCCUACACCCCCAUCGUAAGGAAGUCCAGAGGGACGUCCACACAGGGCACCUCCACCCACGCGUCUUCCACCUACCUGGCCAUGCUGGACGAGCCCCCCAGCGGGAGCACCAGUCGGGCAAGCAGUGUCCACAGCAAAAUGAGCAGCUUCCAUGGAAGUCUCUAUAGAUCCAGAGACGGCAGGUACACGGCGUGUAGUUUCCGCGGAGUCGAGGAUCGCCUCCCCUACGACAGCAUGCUCCACCUCAACGACCAAUCAGGGUCCAGACACUGCAGCACCAAACGUCUGGACAGCAUAUCAAAGCACGGCUCCACCCAGCGCCUGGAGAGCAAAUCGCAGCACAGCAGCAUCAAGGACCUUAGCAACAUCACCCAGGCCAUUCAGAGCGCUCCCGGCAACGUAAUCCACAGAGUCCUAGAGGAGAAUUGAGCCACUGCCUGAACUACCCCCUAAACACGACCCUGUAGCUAAAACCCAUGCCAUCCUUUAAGAUACACAAGUGUCUAGGCCUAGAGGUGGAUGCUGAUUUGGGACUGGGCAUACUAGAUCUUUGUGUGACAGUUUGAGAGUAAGGAGACUGUGGAAACACUGCAUGGUUGUUUGAUAAUCAUACCUCAACAUGUCCCCUCACUCAGCCUCACUAAACAGUACUGAUAAAUGAAGAUAGCAGAUGACAGUGUAACAUGGACCUGCAGGUGUGAGAGCUGAACCAAUAACACGGACAUGGAAGAAGAAACAAUAUUCUUGAAUACAGAGUAAUCUCUCCAAUGCUGUUUGUUCUCUGUUCUGGAGUCAGCACUAUGUGAAAGACACUGUUCUGGAGUCAGCUCUAUGUGAAAGACGGAGCGCAGGGAUCAGUUUCAAAGGGAAGAUAUUAUCUAUCGGCACGUUCCACUACUCGGGGGGGGGGGUGUGAAAAGAGAUAAAUCUAAGGAUUUUAGAAUCUAGAUCGCUCCAUUAUCGGUCACACAAGCAAAUGCUGCCAAAGGACUCCUCUUCAAAAGCCAAUACUUUAUUCUUAUAGACCACAUUGUUUACCUGUACGAGAACUAUUGUAGACUGGUCUCAAAAACCACGGUUCUACUACUAUACAUUGAGGUACGUCUAUUGCUUUCAUUGCACUUCUGAUGGAGGCAGUUAGAGGUACUGUAUGUGAGGAGUAGGGCCAGGAGUCUUUCCGGACUAUGACCUGCCCAGGGGAAACUCAGGGUCCUAGUGAUGACAGACACUCCCCCAUUGUCAAUCAAUUACAAAUUCCACCCUUAUAUGUAGAAUACGAUAGUGUUCUUUUCCCUCAGAAUUAGAAUCAGUUGUAUUGUUCCUCCCCUUCUAUGAAUUGUAUACCUACUUGUGUAAGAUACAUGUAAGCCAGAACUUCUUCUAGUAAUGGCAAUGUGAAUAGAUGUACAUUUGUUUUGUUUUUUUUUAAUUGGGGAGGGAGGGUCAUUUGUGACAUUUUUAAUAAACUCUUCUCAUAAUA